CCUGGCAACGUUGUGUGUGUGAUUGGCGACUGCUGGUGUAUGGGCAAUCAAAUAAUCCAGUGGCAGGCCGAUGAAUUCUUCAGUUGCACCAGUGUUAUUAGUUAAUUAGGCAGUGUUUAAAGAAAAUCAGAAAAAUAAAACAUAAACAAGAUGGCAACGGAUGUCAUGCAAGGCCUUGUGGAUGAGGCUAAAAAGAACAAAUUCUCAAUUAUUGGAGCCAAACUGAACGAUGGAGAUGUGGUCGCCAUUUGGGAUAAUAUAUCAGCUUUCAUUGAGAAGCAAAUGCUGAAUCAGAAGGCUGUUCACUUACCAGGACUAGGGACUUUUACUUUCACACAGAAGAAGUUAGAUAUAGGCAACAACAAAUUUAUUCUGAUACAGAGACCAGUAUUUGUUUUGUCUGAGAAAUUUGCACAAACACAUGGCCUUCAAUAUACCAAGCACCAUGUAUCUGGCCAAAUUCCUGUUGUCCAGUUGAAUUUCAGCGCCAUAUCAUUUGAGAGUCCCUUUGACAGAGAUGCAGUUGAAAUAUGUGUUCAGGAGGUUCUUGGUGCCUUAGCACGUUCUGUGGCAAACAAGAGAAAUGUGGAAUUUACAUUUGCAGGCAUAGGACGACUUCAAAUUAGAGAAUCUAAGGUCAAAAUGAAAUUUUAUAAAGAAUUCCUAAACAGCAUGGAUGGAUCAGGGAAAUUGGUGGAUGCACUGAAAAACCGACCUGGCACAGUUGAUUCUGUGAUGUCUGACAGAGCACCAUCUAGAGCUCAUUCAAGCAACACUUUAGUUCUGCCAAGGAUCACUCAUAGCUCACAUGGCCUACAACUGGAUGGUGAUCAGCAGCCCCAAGUAUCAAAAAGCCCCAGAAUGCCCACCAUUACAGAAGAUGAAGCUAUUCCCAAGGAGAUCAAUGUCCUGGAAAUAGAACCAGAUGUUGAUGCUGCACAAGUCAAUGAUCCAACAUUUGCACCUGAUCUGCCUGCCCAAGACCCAUUUGAUGAAGUUGAAGAACUGAAUGAAAUGGAUCUUCCCGGAAUUCUGAUGCAGGAUAUGUCAGAUGAGCAGAGAGAACAACUUAAACUGAAACGUAUGCAAGGUUUACGCCUUGAGACCCCACCUAGCCGCCAUGGUUCUCGUACAGCUAUCCCUAUGGCCAAGGCAACAGGAGUUAGUUUCAAUGAGGACUUCAUGCAACCACCUGCAGUUUCAGCCUACUCUGGAGGAGGUGGUGCCCUGCUCAGGGCCUCCUCUGUGUCACAGUCUAGUCCAGCACCAUUGCAGCCCAUUGUUAAACCAGAAAAUGGGCAUGCAACUCCAUCCCCACCAGGCCUUGCCAGUCUGCGUCGGGCAAAGAGCAUGGACCGUAUUAACCUGGACAAAGCCCCCACUCCUCCUGGCUCAGCUUGUGGGCACAGCAAUGCUGGUCAGGAGCUGUGCUACCUCUGCCAUCAACGUGCUAGGAGGAAUAUACCAGUCUCCUUCACUGAAGAGAGAAAGAGGCGAGAAGAGGAAGAAGACAGGCUUUUGCAGCAGUAUCAACACAUGAAAGACACAGAGUCCAUACUCAAGGAACAGUCUAACCACCUGGCCAAAAGGCAUGAUAACCAGAAAAUUGCAGCCUUCAACCUUGGUGUGUCAGAAGCUGUCAAGGAAAAAGGCCGAAUGAAACCACUUGAACCACCGAGAGCUUACAUUUUCAACAAACGUCCCUUAACCCCACCAAGGUUUAUAAAGCAGAAUGAGCUGUCUAGAGACUUGGAGAAACAAGUAGAUCACAAAGAUGUAACUAAAAGAAAGAGGAAGGCAGAUGAGGAUUUCUUAGAGAGAUUGGAACAAGUACAGCUUGCUGAAGAUCUUGCUGCCCAAAGAGAAACCUAUUUGAGAGAAAAGGUCAACCAAACUGAUCAGUACAGGAAGGCUCUUUCUGCACAGUUGAAAUUUAAACCAGUACCCCUUCCUGCCAGAGUGCCAGAUUCCAACGAACCCAUCUUUGGGAAAUUCGACAGCACCAACGAAAAACUGUUUGAACAGAAGAAACGUGCUCGUGAUGUGUUUAGAGAGCAACUUGAUAUUGUAGAACAGCGAAAGAGAGAAGCUAUUUUGAGGCGACUUACAGACCAGAAAGACGAAGAGGAAAUGUUGAACAAAACCAAACAGGAGUUGAUGGAAGACAGAGCACAACGCUACAGUCGCAUCUAUUCAAAUCGUAAGAAGCUGGAAGAAGAUUGGUUCAAAUCAACAGAAAUCAAGAAAGGAAGAGAAUUGGAAGAAAAACUUAGAACUCUAACUCCAGGAAUAUUAGUACACGAACAGUGUGAUAAGUACAAGAGAUGUGGUCAGUGUAAACGUAAAACUAAUAAUUGUGGAGAGUCUAACAUUUGGAGUGAAUCUCGGUACAUUCCAGGAUCAAGACUUAUGGUAUAAUGGACUCUGGUUAUGAAUGAUUUAGAUUUCAUCAUGAAAAUUAAGAUUAAAAUACUGCUGAAAAUUGAUCUCAUAUAUAAACUCCUGCCUUGAAAUGUUUGCAAAUAAUAAGCAUCAGUUUUAAGUUUUUGAAAGAGAAGAUGUUACUUACAGGAAGAUUGUUUUUCAUAUCCAAUCAUUCAGUAAAUUGAGAAUUUUUCCCACCAUAACAGCCUCUUAUAGCACCUUACUAGCAAAGGAGGUACUGUAUGUAUUAUUUUUGAAAGAAAAGUCCAUCCACAACUUUUUCGAUAUAUACAUUUGUGAUAGAUGAUAUAAACUACUGGUACACCAGUUUAUGUUAACAUACUUUAAAAUGUCCCCCUCUUUGCUUGUAAUACCCUGAUUUGAGAAACAUGCAUAAACAAACAGACCAUGUCGAAAUUAAGCAAAUUAUGCUCAGUAUUUUAACAAGUCUUGCAUAAUCAUGGAAAGUGUAGUUUAGUGUACUCAAAAACUGACUUUUAAUGUGGUGUAAAUUGUGUACAUAUUUGUAAAAGUGCCUUUAAAAAAGCCUGUUCUGAGAGUAACUUAGUUUGAACUUGUAUUGUUGUAAUCCAGGCGAACAUUGCUCAAUAAAAGUAUUACCAUAAAG